GAAAAAGAAAGAAAACAGCUGCAAUUGCUGGGACGGCCAUGACGGGAAUAUUACCUGCAGCAGCAUUUAAAGGGCUUUCUUUAUGCUCUGAUCACUUUCUUAUUUGAUUUUUUUUUUAUUUGAUUUGAUUUCUAAGUGGAGAUUUGAGAUUAUAAGUGGAAAAUGACACCGUGUUCUGUUACACAAGCAACAGGUUGAUGCAGCCUGAAGGACCAGGUUUCAUUCAUUAGUGUGUUUUCAGGGCUACGAACAACAGAUGGCAUUUUUAUUAUUAUUAUAGGGUAAAUAGCACUUUUCCACUUGACUUCAUUAUAACAGUUCACAGCAAAAAGGAGAUUCUCCUUUUUCAUCAGCUCACACAACUAACUGAGGAGGCCCAGGCUCCUGAUUCCAGCUCCUCAGCUCCCAUCAAUGCUUCGCCCCCAUUGAAAGGAGAAACCAAAGGAAAAGAUCUGCACAGAUCCCACAGUGGGAUAAUCCCCAAACAGAGCCCACCCUGAGCAAAGGCUCCAUCACCUGGCUGUAUUCUAUUCAUAUGUUUGAAUUGCCUGUUGAUCAACACUGUGUCUUCCUUUGGAGUCUUAGUUCAUGGCCAGGUAUAACAGCAGGUGUGUGGUUGUGCUUACUUAAUGCUUUAGUGCAAAUGCCAGUUGUAUCUUCUAGAGUUUCCUUUAAAGGUAAGGUUUGUCUUAGGUUCUCAUACAAGUGCUUUAGCAGUUUAGUGUGUGUUUUUUUCCCAAGGAGAUCAAAUAAAAACUCCAUUAGGUAACACUUGUUAAGGGGAAAAAAAUCUAUCUCAUUUGCAGAUUAAGCCAAUGAAAAGAACUCAGUAAAAGCAGAGCCAUAAAGCGGUACCACCAACAAAGAAUCAAAUGCUUCCCACAUAUAAUCCUCCAAAGGAAGAGAUUUCAUGGCAUGGGGGGAGCUGAGAAAAAGGUGCCACUUGUACAGGAUAGAUCAGGUCAUUUGCUGAGCAUCCAACAAGAGCUUCUACCCUGGAGCUCUUGACACAGGUUAGAAGGCUCAGAAUGGGUGAUUCCCUGAACUAGGGAAAAUCUUGGGACUUACAAGUUUAACCUGAUUUAACAGCUUGAAUCAGAGCUGUUAGUCAUUAAUUAUGUACUAAAGCUAAAGCUCGCUCUUUUACAACCUUGUCAAAUCAAAGGGAAAACCUUUAGCACUGUACAGCUUACCUGUCAGCUGUACAGAUGCACCUGCAGAUGGGCUUUGCACUCACCCCACGCUGCUCUGGGAAGCACCAUGUCAGAACAGCAACCAGAGCCUCUUUUCCUUGGUGGGAGCAUUGCAAAAGGCUGUGACUGUUUUUAUUCCCUCACCUUGCUGCAUCUUUACAGAGCCUCCAGCUCCAAGCCAACACGUAGCUAAUUGGAAAAUAAUUUAUCGACAAGCUGCGAAAGCCUUUGAGUAAAGCAGGAGGCAAUUUUACAGCUCAGCUUGGUAUAGCUGUAAGAAAUGAAUCAGUUGAACAAGACCAAGCACAUUCAGGCACUGGAAUUUGUGCCCUUGAGACUGCUGUUCCCAGCUCCAGCACAGAACACACCUCAGAGAAACAUCCUUCCAGCAGCUCAUGGCUCGCCUCACCCUCACACCGUCAGCUCUCCGCCAGCUCUUACAUAAAGUCUCUUGCUACAUCACUGCCACGGGCUGUUGUAAACCAUUUUUCUCCCCUUUAAUUCAAGUUCCUAGACAAGCAAAAAUGUAGAUUAUUGCCAGUAGUCUGGGGAACGGGGUUUUCUGUUAUGGGUGAUUAAUGAAACAUCAUUGUUUUGCACUUAGGGGGAAAUCAUAGUUUCACGCCAGUGAGGUCAGGGCCUUUAGAUGCUAUGUGCUCUGCAAAGGUGUACAGAACGAUAGAUCAUUUGCUGUGAUGGCUGAGUCAAAGCCCCACCAGGGCAGAAGGGAACACAGCAGAAAUAGGACCAUGGUGGUAAAAGCUGAAGCAAAUUAUGUUGCAAGUUGCAAUUAUGGUAUACCAAAACCCCUUCUCUGUCUGCUCCAAGACAGGGGCCUCAAAACUGAGAUGCUGGAACACUGGCUCUAGAUACCUCCCCACUAAUCCUCCUAUCCGCUAUGUCCCUAACUGCUCCUGGAUUAAUACUACUUUGGCUGUGCUGUGUUGGGAAGAUUGAAGCUGCAGACCUGGGACAAAAAGAGCUCAGUGCUGGUGCUCAGUGAGGAGUUGGAAUUCUUCAGCCCCGUUUAGGAAAUAAAUUUGUCACAACCUGGACUCCCCAGCAUUAACUUCUUAGGUUGACCUCGGACACAAGGAGCCAACUGCAGGUAUUUUUAUAGGUGUGCAUAUUAUAAAGCACAUCACCAGCACCAAGUCCCAGGAUGUGCUGCAUUGUUUGUGACACAGUGAGGCUCCCAAAGGAAUGACAUCAGUUUGAAAGCAAUGCUUUUAAAAGGAGCAAUGCUUCUGUGAACAGUUUGUUGCUAAAAGAGUUAAGGACGUAAAGUAUGGGAGACAGCAAGCUCUGCACAGACAGUAUGUUAAGCCCAUGCAGAGGUUGGUUUUAAAUGCUUUCCUCCAGACCCAUCAAACAGAAUUUAUCACAAUCCUUCAGUUUUUGGAAACUUGCUGUAAAAUGAUUUUUCAAAGCAUAUUUUCGGGGGUUUUCCUUUACCAAAGUAGGUGUGUAACAGACUGAUUUGACAGGCAAAUGAGUAGGAAUCCAGUACAAGUUUGCCUACAGCAAACACUGAGCAGUAUCCUGUAGUGAUCCCACAGAAAGACUGUUUUGCAGGAUGGGGAGAAGCAGGUGGAAUCCAAUAAAACAGUGCAAUAAUUACUGGAAAAAAAAAGGAAGGAGGUCAAAGUCUGAGGCUUUUGAUUUCUUUUUGCACUGGCAUUUGUCAAGGUGAGCAAAAUCCCUUGGCGAGGAGCUACCUGAGUUUUAACACAUCUGAGUCUAUAAAAAGGUUAAUGUUUAAAAGGGUUUAUGUAUCCCUGAUAACAGUGCAUGGCUGAUAGGCAUCUCGUGGUUGUAAAUUUGUUGCAGAGACUUGCAAGGCAUACAAGCCCUCGGUGUUCACUCGUGGUUUAUUAUGUUAUCAGAACUCAUUGACUGAGUUAUGACUUUAUAAUAGCUCUUUUUCUGCAUUAUCCACCUGUUACCAUAGCAUUAUUACCCCACGUCCCAUUAGAAGAUUGUAUCCAGAUUGAUUCCAGAUGAACACACAGAAGUUAGAUGAGUGAGGCUGUUUAACGUACAGGGUCCUUUCCUAAGAAGAACCGAUUAUUUCCCUGAGCUAUGCCCACAAAUCCUGCCUUCCUGAAGGUGGUAUCGGUUCUGGCUUGUGCUGGUAGAAAGACAAAGACACUUGUGGGCAGAGAACAGAAUUUACCACCCAGCCCUGCAAGCCAACAAAUUGGUUGGCACUGCUUAGGAGUGCAUAGCGGAAGCCAAGGUUUGUGAGGAAGAGAUGGAGGUGAGGAAAUGGCAUUAGUGGUACUUUAAAACUGCUGUGAUCAUCUCCCAUGGAGACCUCAUUCAUCCUGUCCAGGCGGGGCUCCAGCAGGCUGCAAGUCCAUCAGCUCAGUGCUUGAGAAAGGAUUUCAUGCUCUCUUAUCACCAGGUACAACUGGUGUUUGUAGCAGUUGGAAAGCCCCUGAGAAGACUCUCCUCUCUAUAGCAAUAGCCACCUCUGCUCCAGUCGAAGAGGACACAGACAGAGAUCAUCUCACAUCCUGAGAAGGACACAACUAUCUGUUGUCCCCCCACCUUCCCUUGCACUUCCUAAACCUCUUCUGCAGGAUAAAUCCCCUUGUGAAAAAUCUCCCCUCCACCCCGAUAACCAGCUAUGGAGAACAGGCAGACAUGCAGGCACCUUUUUUCAUGUCAAUCUAAUUGGAGUUUAUUGAUUCCUCUUGCCUCCAGCUAAUGUACUUUUAUUAUUAUUAAUAAAUAAUCAUCAUUUUUCCAUCAGUGGAGCCCGUGCCCGGGAGCCUUGGAGGAUUCUAGCAAAAAGUAUUAUUAAAAUAAGGAUUUCUAAAGGAUGGAACAGCAGCACAGCCCCAUAAUUGGACAGAAUAUGCAAGUGGGGAGCAAAAUAUCCCCACCUGAGAAUAUGCGACGGAGCAUCACAUUGAUUUCUUCCCCUUAGGCCACUAAUUACAGCUGUGGCCUCCUGCUGAUGAUCCUUUCUGCAUUGCCGACAUCCCCCAAGGACACAAAGGGUGCGGGUGGCUCUCGGUGAGCUGUCACCCCCCCAGGCACGCUGGCUCCUGCAGGACUGUGCCCUGGCAUGGUGGAUGACUCAGACUCAGUGCUCAGGGCUUUGUGCUCCUCCUGGUUGGCAGCCGCUCUGCAGCUGCUCCAAGCAGCCUCUCUCCUCUGCCCAACCUGCUGCCCAGCCCUGCUUCACUCCCACCCUAGGUCUCUUUCCCACCCUAGGCAGAAGUCUGCAGGUCUUUCCUGGAGGACUGCACAUACCUGCUCUUGAAAAGGCAGGAACCACCACACCACCAUAAUAGACAGAGCACGCUGCCACUGACCAGUAGGCUGCAGAAUAGGGACUGAAGUGAUUUCAGGGGCCUGUUGUGAUGGUCAACAGAGGACUUGCAGGACAGUAACAGUGUCUGCCAUGAAAACACUGGGUUGCCCAAUGAAGUGAUUUUGCUGGCAUGCUGGAAAAGCAAAGCUUUACCUGUGGGGGGACCAAUGCGUUUCUGCAAGCCUGAAGUCAGCAUAUCGUGUCAGCUCUAUCCCAUCUACUUGGUUGGCUUUAUGUUCUCCAGGGACUUCCUUGCCAUCUGUCCUCUUGCCAUUACUGAGAGCUUUCCUUCCCAUGUUCUUCUUCUCCCAUUGACUGUCCAGUGCUCCAGCCAAGCCCAUGCACCAAGACAGCCAUGGGAGAACCCAGCACAGCCCUUCCUUCUGCACCAGAAAUCACAUGGACCACAGCAUGCACAUAACACUGGAAAACAAACACCUUUGCGUUGUUCUUGUAGAUGAAAUAGGAGCUCCAGAUUAAGUUAAUCCAAUUUUCUCAAAAAAAUAAGUUGCCUUUUUGGCAGGUAAAAAUGUACAUGUGGUCCAAAUGGAAGUAAACAAGACCUGAGAGCCUUUUUCUCUAUGCAAAGCCACAUCCCCACGAGGUGUGCUCAGGUGAUGCCAGAAGGGCUAUAAAGGAAGCCCCAGGAUGCUCAUGCCCACACUCUGGUUUCUGAUCCAGCCAUGGCCAUAACAAGCUUGCUGCAGUGUGUGGCCAACAGCUCUCUGCUCUAUCUGGCAGCAGGGCUGGCCGUUCUCCUUUACUUCACCACCAGCUGGAAGAAGAGAGUUCACAAUUUGCCUCCUGGGCCGCAGCCUCUUCCUCUGAUCGGAAACUUGAAUGUGGUGGACCUGAAAAAGCCAUUCCAGUCGCUGACAGAGCUCUCCAAGCUAUAUGGGAACGUCUUCACCGUGCAUUUUGGACCCAGGAAAGUUGUGGUGCUGGCUGGAUAUGAAACCAUCAAGGAUGCCCUUCUAAAUCAUGCUGACGAAUUUGGAGAGAGGGCAGAAAUACCCAUAUUCAGGAAAAUGACACAAGGAAACGGCAUAGCAUUCAGCCAUGGAGAGUUAUGGAAAACUAUGAGAAGAUUUACCUUGUCCACACUGCGAGAUUUCGGAAUGGGAAGGAGAACAAUUGAGGUCCGAAUCCUUGAGGAACUAAAUUCUCUAAUUAAAUAUUUUGAAUCUUUUCAAGGGAAACCAUUUGACACGAAGAUGAUCCUCAACAAUGCUGUAUCCAACAUUAUCUGCUCUAUACUGUUUGGAGAGAGGUUUGAAUACGAUGAUCCAGCGUUUCUCACUUUGCUGAAGCUGUUAAGUGAGAAUACCAAGCUGCUGGGCUCUCCGAUGGUGCUGUUAUAUAAUUUCUACCCAUCCCUUGGAUUUCUCUUUGGAGCUUCCAAGACCGUGCUACAAAACAUCAGUGAGCUGAGUGCCUUCCUCCAGAAACUUUUCAAAGAGCACCAAGAAGAAUUUAAUGAGAAUAACCUGACAGGCUUCGUUGAUGCCUUCAUGAUGAAGCAACAACAGGAGUCAGGGAAACCCCACAGUAUGUUCCACGAUGAAAGCCUGCUGUUUUCAACGCUGGAUCUCUUUGCUGCUGGGUCUGAGACUACUUCUACAACUAUGCGCUGGGGUCUCCUCCUGAUGAUGAAAUACCCAGAAAUUCAGAGAAAAAUUCAAGAAGAAAUGAACCAGGUCAUUGAACCAGGGGAGAUGCCGAAGCUGGAGGACAGGAAAAAGAUGCCCUACACAGACGCUGUGAUACACGAAAUACAAAGGUUUGCCAAUAUUGUCCCAAUGGGUGUGUCACGAUCAACACCGACCGAUGUGAACUUCCAAGGUUAUGUGAUACCUAAGGGUACAGAGAUUAUACCGCUGCUGACCUCUGCUCUGAAUGACGAGCUGCACUGGAAAACCCCGCAUCAGUUCAACCCUUCCCACUUCCUGGAUGCUGAUGGGAACUUUGUUAGGAGAGAGGCAUUUAUUCCAUUCUCCAUAGGACGAAGGGCCUGUGUUGGAGAAGGUCUGGCCAAAAUGGAGCUGUUCCUCUUCUUCGCAGGCUUGCUCCGCAAAUUUGUUUUCCAGCCCCCUCCAGGGGUGAACAAAGCAGACCUAGAUCUCACUGCUGACGUCGGCUUCACCCUGACCCCCAUGCCUCACCUGGUCUGUGCUGUGCCCUGCAAAUGAUCAUACGACAUGGAGGUAGUGUAGUGGGCAAUUCAAGCUUGAUUGCAAGUCUAGCUAAAGGGGGGAAGCUGUCUGUCUGAGCACUAGGAAAAGGGCACUGGGUUCUGCUGUUUGUCUCUUGUUCACAUGAUCCUUUCCAAGUACCAAGCUCUUGUACCCUCUGCACAAUGCAAACCCUUCAGACACCUCUGAGCAGUGCUCCCAGACAUGACCCACUCACUGAACACCAGAGAUGCAGUUUGCAGGGCUGUUUCAAAGAAUGACAUAGUUUUGAGCCUCCUCUAUGGACAUAAUGCACCAGGGGCUCGCGGCUGAGAGCCUCCGUGGGGAAUUUCUCAGCCUGAAUCCCAGCUGUAUAGCAGAGCUGGUUAUUCAUGGCCCAAUUGGAGACAGCAGAUCCUUAGAGGGUCUAGAAGUCUCCCUGAGAUGGUUGUUGAGCUGAGCCUUGGGCUGAGCUGCCAUUGCGAAGCACAGCCUUAUCUUUAUCACAGCGUCGCAGACACUCGGGUGUGACAUGGGCUGAUGCCAAGAGCCAGGCAUGGGCCAGCUAUCAGGAAACUGCUAAGUGCUUUGGAAAGUGGGCUCGUUCCACAUUGCACUGGAUUGCACUUUUAUACUGAAGAGCCUAUUUAUGAGGGGGCCAGUCUAGCAGCUUUCACACUAAGGCAGGUUUUUCUCCCACUCCCUUGCCUCUCUGGGACAGCAGUGGUGGGGGGACGUGGAGGGGCAAAAAGAUGGGGAUAUGGCUCUGACACACAUCCAGACACGCUCUGGGCCAGCUUUGUCCCUACACUGACAGAAAAUAAGCAGCCACAGAAAGUGAGUGGUUUCUGAACCUGCACACGUGAUGCUGCACACAAGCCUGAGGCAAUGCUGCAGUCACCUGCAUGGGAACCAAUGUUACUAAUCCAGAGCUGAAAAUGCUCUCACUGCCAGCAAAGACCUGAAGUGCUGACAGAGUUCAUAGGAUUUUUCUCAUAGCCAUUAAAAACUGUAAAACUGGAAAGAGAGCUGUGUUAGGGCUUCCUACCCAGCCUGUUAAUGUGCCAUGAGCUUGGUGCAUGGGGUCUGUGCAGAGAGCUGGUGUCAGCACAGCGGGAAGCCUUCCUAGGGCGGCUGCUUGGUUAGAACAGUUAAUGAUUAUCUUCUGGAGCAGCCAUUAUAUGUAGGAACUAGGAGCUGUGCUGCAGAGGGAAGGUGUGAAACCUGAAUGAUGGUGUGGGUAAGAGAGGAGGCUUUGUCUGUUAACACAGGCAGGAAACCAGAUGGGUUAGAGAGUGGUGAGUCACUGAAGAUGCUCUAUGUUGCUUUGGAGUGAGAAAGGCAAGUCAGGAUGGAAAGAAAAAAGGGAGAAACUGACAGUUAUAGAGAUUGAGGGGAUGGCUGGGGCAAGGCUGGCACAAAAUGUUACUGUCAUCCAAACCUGGUCUGUGCUGCAAGUGGACGGAAAGAAAGGAGCAAGAGAAUAUGAAGAGAUGACAAAGUAGUCCCUCUUUCUUCAGCCAAGGCUCUGACUCUUCACAGCUUUAGUUCACAAGUAAGGGCAGCACUCUGACAGCUGCACUGUGCUUUGUCCCAGUAUUGCACUCGUAUGUUCCCUGUGCUUGUACUGGGGCUGCACUUUCACUUGUGCUGUGCCUUGGGGCCAGCUCCAGCUUCCGAUCCAGCUCAAGGAAUCUGCUGAACAAGCUGUGUAACAAGAAUGCCUUUGCUGCUCCGCUUGCUUACAUUCAUUUUGCUGCUGCUUUGUUUGCAGUCUAACUACUGCAAGCUUGACCUUAGCUUCUACUUAACAAAUAAAUAUUUUGCUCUGUUGCUGUUGAUCUAUCUGGUGCUGCAGGAUAAAGCAGAUUUGGGGUCAAACUGAUAAAGCUGGGCUGCACCUCCUUUUGUACGCCCACACGGAGUGCAGGGAUCCCUGGGCAACACGCAGCCAGAACAUGUUUAACAAUGCGAAGUGUGAGCAAUGCCCAGAGCCACAAACAGCUCCAAGGAAACCAGGCUGUUUCUAGAAGGUCACAACCAAAAAGGCUUCUUCAGUGCUUUGAUAACCGUCCCUGCAGAAGUAUCCCUUUUCCUAAGCACUGCGCAGUCCACAACUUGAUGCCAUUUAUAAGAAGGGAAGAGUCUUCAGAGCUGAUUAUCUGGUGAAUUGGAAUCCUCACACACCUACAAGAUGCUGAAGAUGCCAUGCCAGGCUUUUUCUUGCAUUGGUCCCAAGGAGGCAGACAAGCAUCUGAGAUGGCUUUGGGUUCUGGCUAUCAUUUUCCUAAAAGGAUUUACUGACUUGUGGAGAAUUUGGGAUAGGAGGAAAGGAAAACGGUGAUGGAGAAGGAAAACCCUUCACACAGACAAUGGUGUGGAAGAUGUGUCUGUUUGCUUUAAGGAGGAAAUGGAGAAGGGAGGAAGGAAGGGCAGGGCCAUGCAGUGUCCCAGAGAAGGCCAGAGUCAUCUGCUGCCAUCAACCUUUCCUCAUUGCAGAGGGAAAAUGGAAAAUUAAAGUGAAUGGCAACACAUUUAAGCUAAUAAAGGAAAGAGAUUAUUUCUGCCCAUUAAGAACUCGAACACCAGGGAAUGGAUACAGCUCCGUGUUCUUCAAGGUAAAAGCCAAGUCGGGAAGAAACACGAAUGCAUUGCCUUGCAGUGCUCACCUGGAGCCCGCAGAGCUCCGCUGCCCAGCAGGGCUGUGUGCUGGGUGCCGGGCAGGGCAGCACGUAGCAGCGUGGCUCCGCAGCAAAACACGUACCAGACGGGUUAUUGAGACAGGAAUUUCUUGUCAUCACAACAGCUUGACUUACCUUUGUCAUCUUAAUGCAUUGCACUCAGAGGUUGGUAGGCUUAAAGAAACCCAACGCGCUCUCCCCCUCCCGGCCUUUCAGACAUAAUUUAAAUCUCUUUCUGAAAGGUUUUUUUAUGAUUUUGGCGGCUCCCAGGGCAGGGAUGACAUACCAGGAGCAUGGCGGUGGCACGUAGCUCUAAGGUCAGACCGAGCCCUGCAGGAGCACACACAGAGCACAAUGCCGUGCCCCCACCCUGUACCCUGUGCCACCCCGGCCCCACUUGCCUGCUUUGCACCCCUACCUGUGUGCUGUGUGCUGGCUGCAGCAGGGCUGAGUCACACCAGGCAUUGCUCUAGAGAAAACCGUCGCCUCCAGCCCAUUUCUUGGAAACUAAUAAAAAAAUCCCAGAAAUGUUGCAACACAUUCGCUGCUUCUGCCACAACCGCCACAUCUCUGCAGCAUGUGUGCACCAGAGCUGCUCCGCGACCAUGCAAUGCA